AUGAAGUUGGUUCGUUUUUUGAUGAACAUGCCCUCUUCAACGGGUCAGCCCAUCACCGUCGAGCUUAAAAAUGGCACCAGUGUUAGUGGCACUCUCUUGUCUUGCACACCGUCCAUGAACCUUUCCUUGAAGAACAUCAAGCUUGUACAACCACACCAGGAUCCUCAGCUUCUUCAAUUCAUGAAUAUUAGAGGAAACCAAAUACGACAAAUUAUCUUGCCAGAUGACUUGAAUAUAGAAAGCGUUUUGAGCAAGAGUCAGGUUAAGAUCAAGGGACAGGGUGCUGGACCAGGAAAUAAAGAUAUAGAGGCUGAGCCCAGGAGGCCAUUCAAAGCGGCAACGAGGGGAAGAAGACGCAAUUUGUAA